AUGAACUUUGAACAAUCAUACCUUGAUGAUUUCAUGAACAAUGACUAUAUCAAUAUAGAUCUUGAUAAAUUCAGCAUCCCUUUAACAGGGAGUGAAGAUUUACUAAGUCAAUCAGAUUUCAACAAUGAGCUAUAUCAAAUCAUAUCAAAUAAUAGUUCAAUAUCAACACCUUCAUCUUCAGGCUCAUUUUCAAGUGCAACUAGUUCCAACUACAAUUCAUUAACAAGAACUAGUACCACAACACCAGCUCCUACUCAUACACUCGGAUUUAGUGAAGCUGAAAAUAAUAUAUAUUCAACUAAACUUGAAGAAUCUUUAAUUGAUUUGAAUUCAAUGAUAAAAGAUUCAGGAUCUACUUUAAACUAUUUGGACUACUCAACAUAUUCAUCACCUUUAGAAACAAACUCAAUAGCUGCAUCACCAGCAAAUUUACUAGAGUUCAAAUUCCAAACUCAACAACUUUCAGCUUCAAGACCUCAAACACCUGCAAAUAUUGCAAUGAAAGUUAACAAUACACCACAAACACCAGCAUUAACUCAUCAAGAUGCAUCUAUCCAAAGUCGUAAUUCAUCAAUUUCUUCACAAUCAUCCUCAUCACAAACUCAUUCAUCUUCAUCUUCAAAGAAAAAUCUUGAUUCAAGAUUAUCAUUACAAAAAUUGGGUGAAUUGUUGAAUACAUCAUCAAUUGAAGAAACUAUGAAGAUUGAAAAAUUCAUACUAGAUAUCUUUGGAAAAGAAUUAGGAUUCCCAUUAGGUUAUAAAACUUGGAUAAGAGAUACCAAUGAAGAAUAUAGAAAAUAUCUAAUCAAUGAAUUACAUACAAGAGCCUCAAAAGUUUAUCCAAAAUUAACUAAAAGUUUAUUAGAAACUGUUAUUAAAAGGGCAACUUAUUCAAUGAUGCAAGGAAGAUUAAGAAAAGAAAGAAGAGCAGCUUUAAAAGCUAAAAGAUCAGUUAAAAACUAG